AUGUCUACUAUUUUGAAAUCUGCCAAGUCUAUUGUUCCUUUAAUGGACCGUGUAUUGGUUCAAAGAGUCAAAGCUCAAGCAAAGACUGCUUCAGGUUUGUAUUUACCUGAAAAAAAUGUUGAAAAGUUGAACCAAGCUCAGGUCUUGGCUGUUGGUCCAGGUUUCACUGAUUCUAAUGGUAACAAAGUCACUCCUCAAGUAAAGGUUGGUGAUCAAGUUUUGAUUCCACAAUUUGGUGGUUCUGCUAUUAAAUUGAGUGGUGAUGAAGAAGUUAUCUUGUUCAGAGAUUCUGAAAUCUUGGCAAAGAUCAACGAUGCUUAA